UAGGCUACAUCGAUGUCUCUUAUUUUACUUAAAUUGACAGAAUGACGUGCCCAACCCCCCUUUCCUACUCAUUCAUCGCUAUCGUGAUGCGUAAAAACCGAGUGUGAAACGACGAUGGUUCAGAAAAAACGACGAGGGUCAAAGUAAAACGUUGGGUGGAUUACCAGGACUGGAUGGUAGGAGUGAUGCAAUCACUGCAUUUACCGAACCAUAACCGCACCUCCGCCUCCCAGAUCCCGGACCGGAUCACGAGAAUCUGACCGGAGGACGACGGAAGGUAAUUUUGCUCCACUCAUGACGCUUACUACCUUUACGGAGCACACUUUAUACGAGUCGCCUCUUCAUUCGCGAUUUUUCAUUUAUGUCCACUGAAGAAACAUCAUUAACAUCCACGUAAGGAGUUUGAUUUGCGAUUUAUGCCAAUUGUUGAACAAGAUCCUCGGUGCUGUAAGUCAAUCUAAUCGAAAUCUCUAAACGUUAGCGCCGAUUAGUUUUUUUCAGCUGUUGCAGUGCAGAUGUGCAUGUUGUGUAGACGACUGUAAUGUUUUAUACGCGACAUUUGCUUUAAGGUGCACAGUGGAGAAUUGCGUAUCGACUGAUUCUUUGCGUCUCUUUGCCGACUGCUGAUUAACUAAGACGCACUGUCGAGAUAUAUCUGUCUAGAUCUCCACUGGCUUUGGUUUGUCGCCGUGCAGAACCCACAGAGGGACCGUCGCUUCUUUAACUCGACGCAUCUUUUCUCAUCGUCACCAUGAAUUACCUGCGACGUCGACUGUCGGACAGUAAUUUUAUGUCUAACUUGCCCAAUGGCUACAUGACCGAUCUACAGCGGCCCGAUCCGCCGCAGCAGAGCCCUGCCCCGGUGGUGUCGCCAGGAUCUCAAGAGAGGCGUCAACCCCCCAGCCAGUCUACCGGCGCCGGCUUCUUCUCCUCCAUUUCAAACGCCGUAAAACAGACCACCGCCGCGGCCGCUGCCACCUUUAACGAGGCCACCGAAAGAGGAAUCGGUUCGAGCAAUGCCAAGAUCCUGCUGGUUAUUGAUGACCAGCAGACCGACUGGGCGAAAGUGUUCAAAGGCAAGAAGGUUCAUGGUGAAUUUGACAUUAAAGUAGAACAGGCUGAUUUCUCUGAGGUUAACCUGGUCGCUCAUGCAACAGGAAGCUAUAGUGUGGACAUUGAGGCUAUCCGCAAUGGCAACAAAGUCACAAAGUGUUUUAAACCAGAUUUUGUUCUGGUGCGACAGCAUGCAUUUAGCAUGGCUAAGAAUGGCGACCACAGGAACAUUGUGAUUGGUCUUCAGUAUGCUGGCAUUCCCAGUGUCAAUUCUCUGCACUCUGUUUACAACUUCUGCGACAAACCAUGGAUGUUCGCUCAGUUGUCCAGAUUGUACAAGCAGUUGGGUCCAGAGGAGUUCCCACUGAUUGACCAGGUUUAUUACCCCAACCACAAGGAGAUGAUCACUACACCCAGCUUUCCUGUGGUUGUGAAGAUGGGGCAUGCUCACUCUGGAAUGGGAAAAGUGAAAGUGGACAAUCAAUACGAUUUCCAAGACAUUGCUAGUGUUGUCGCUUUGACGAAGACAUAUGCCACAUCUGAGCCUUUUAUCGAUGCCAAGUAUGAUGUCCGAAUCCAAAAAAUUGGUGACAAUUACAAGGCCUACAUGAGAACAUCUAUAUCUGGCAACUGGAAGACCAACACAGGAUCAGCCAUGUUAGAGCAGGUGGCCAUGUCUGACAGGUAUCGUAAGUGGGUGGACGUUUGCUCUGAGGUUUUCGGAGGUCUUGAUAUAUGUGCCGUAGAAGCAUUACAUGGAAAAGAUGGACGAGAUUACAUCAUAGAGGUGGUGGGCUGCUCAAUGCCUCUCAUAGGAGACCAGCAGGAUGAGGACCGGGCUUUGAUUGCUGAUCUUGUUCUGACCAAAAUGAACCAGACUGUGACGCUCACUUCAGCUCCCACUCCAGUUCGCUCUCAGGGGCCAGCUGUUUCACCUCAACCAGUCUCUGGGGCUAGAGUUCCACAGGCACAACAGCGCCCUCCUCCACAAGGAGGUCCACAACAGGCACCUGCUAACACUUCUUCUGCUCGUCAAGGGGCUCCAACACAGCAGCGCCCCUCUCCCCAGGGCCAGCCCCCCUCCCAGCCUCAGCCUGUGACCAGUCCUAAUGCCCAGAACCCCCCAGCUCAACCAACCAAGCCACCCAAUCCAGCACCACAGCGGCAACUCAGUCAAGGGUCCGCGGGACCGCAGAGGCCACCUCCAGUACAGGGACCCAGCCAGCGCGGCCCAGGCGGCUCUCCUCAGUCACCGAGGCCCCAGCAAGGCAGCCCCCAACAACAGCCACAGAGGCCUCAAACUGCCGGCCAGGGCCCUAAACCCGCUGCCCAACCUCAGCAGAAGCCCCAGCAGCAAAGACAAGGCCAGCCAACCAGGCAGGCUACUCAAGGUGGGUCGCAGCCAAGCCAGGACGCCCCACAACCAACCCCACAACAGCAGGGGGGUCCUCGUCCCCCCACUACACAGCAACCACGACCUACUACACAGGGCCAGGGAGGACCUGGGAGUGCACGACCUCCCUUACAGCAGAAACCCCAACCUCCACAGAAACCAAGUCCUGAUCACCCAGCCCUGAGUGGAUCUCCACAGCUUAACAAAUCCCAGUCUCUUACCAAUACAUUCAACAUUCCAGAAACGCCGGCCGCCCAGCACCAAAAUCCUAGUCAGGAAGAAGCCAAGGCAGAGACCAUCCGCAACCUUCGAAAAUCCUUUGCAAGCCUCUUCUCUGUGGAAUAAAAGAAAGAAAGACACACAUACACACAAACAUACCAACACGCACACAGACAUGCAGUCGAUAUUGAGAUAAAGAGGUCAUUAUAUUUAUGUUUACACAUACAGUCUUUUUAAAGGAGACAAGCUCUAUUGUCAUAUUAAUACUCUGUGUAAUAGGACCAAUUAUAUUGCAUAUUGUGAUGCACAUCUGUGUCAGAUCUGUGCAUAUCAGUUUGCAAUGCUAGAUUGAUAAAGCACUGCAUACACUGCUUGUGUUCAAACACAAUUUAAUCUGCAUCCAUUAGAAGCAUUCCCUGUUGUAUCCGAGUCGGGUCGAAAGGAGGAAGGUGUGAAAACACACAUACACACACACGCACGCACGCACGCAUGCACACACAAAUACUUUUAUACUACCUACACAGUGAUUGAACAUGGAUACACUAAAUACAUAUAAAUAAUACUUGAUUCUUUCAUUCCAGGCUCCUGUUAUGAACUUAACACUGAUAAUCAUAGAUUCCUUUUGAAAGUGAUACGCUAAACGUUUUGGUGAACAGUUCGUUGUUUCCUAAAAGCUCCCCCCCCCCUUACCCUCUCAGAUAUGAUCUGAAAUAUGUCUGCUAAAUGUUUAAAGCAUGUUUUGUUACAAUAAGGGUUACCAUCUAAUGAUUUUAACAGUGCAUUCCAUUGUAAUGUAACAAUGUAUUGUUUACAAAGUUUGGAUUCUAAAACGAUGACCCAUUGUGAUGUUGUUCAAAUUUGCACAAGCAUCCACUGUCAAACUAACCUUGCGGCUGUUAGCACUAGCCACUUGCGAUACUGCAUGACACUAAAGGAGAAUAUAGUCGCACAAUGUGGGUGGUCUUGCUUUAGUAACCGUCGUGUCGUUGCACCUAGAUAAGAUAGUCGAAGUGAAAAUGUUGUUUCAUUUUUUUUGUGAGCAAGCUGCCGCUGCUUUCCUAGUGCCCCUUCUCCUGGCAUGAGCAAACAAAUGACACAGAAUUACACCCUUAAAUGUGUUAAUAUGCCUUAGAUAGAGAGGCAUAUGUAAGAACGAUAGUUUGAACAUAUGAACAUAUGUCUCAGGGAUGUCCUGGAGAGAAAGAUACAAUGACCCAUCGUCAUUGAUCAGGUCUUCCAAAUAGUACUGUUGAGAUUUUCAAAUCUGCAAUCGUGAAGGCCAGUAGAAGGAGGAAUUUGUUUGUGGGUUUCGUACAAUAAUUGUUUGCUACUUUAUCAAGUUUGCACACCAGUACUGUAAACUGACAACAUUUGAGAUGGGUAAAACCUAAAAAAGGUUUGUUUCCAUCAAGAAAACAAAGAAGAAGGCAUAUUUUUAAGCUUUUCACAGCUAUUUUGUAUGCCUGGGGGUAGAUGAGAAAACACGGUGUAGGUGUUGCUUGCUUAUCACACAUUGGCCCAAUGAAAAUGCAAAACCAAAAUACAAAGCCAAGGAUGCCAUCAAUAUCAAAUGUCUUCACAUUAUUUAAUGGGAUGCCUGUCACAUGUCGGGUUUUAGGCUAAACUGCUUUUGGUAUGUCCAAGUGUGCCCAGUUACACAAUGUGGAUCCUUUAACCAGUUGCUCCUUAAACUUCUAAGUUACCAUAACCAAGGAAAACCAGCAGUGUGGCAGUGUCUUCCACAAGUGAGGAUAAAUAACAUCCCAACACUGAUGUGUUUCGGCAAUAUAUUAAGGCCACUCAGCUCAUCCCAAACCCCCUCCGCUUCCCGCUCACCAGCCUGUUGUGUAUUCACAGUGAUCCUUUUGUGACAAAUGGUGCGUUAGUGUGUGUGUAUAUAUAUGUAUAAUGUAAUGUUGUACCGUAAAUUGUCUAAACCAAAUAGAAGUGUUGUACAGAUCUUAACUCAACAAAUGAUGCAAGUGUCUUGUAAUUAAUUUUAUCCUUAAAGUGAUCGUUGUUCACAUAUUGUGGGUUUGUCUUAGACGGGAUUUUUCUUUAAUGAGAUGUUAUUUAGGUUGUGCAAUAUCUUCAUUGUAAAAUAACUUACUUAACCUACCUGAAAGGUCUGUGUUCUUUUAUUUACAUAUUUUGUGACACAGUUGCAGUUGUUAGAAAUCAUCUUCAGUGUAUUCAUUGAUAUAAUUGUUUGUGGUUUGUUUGGUUCCCACAUGUCGUAAUCUAUUCUAGGUGGUCCACCAUUAUAUCAUUGUGGCUCGGGCAAACUUUAGUGUGGUUCACAUUUUUACAAACUAUGAUAGAUAUGUGUGUUAAACAAUGGCUUUAAUGAAUGUCAAAUGAAUUACUGUAUCACUGAUGCAAUCAAGUGUGGAGGCUAAAGAAAUGUUUUUCAAUAACUGAUGAAUGUUGCAGUACCCAUUGAAUCCAUGCCUGAGGUUCGGUUCUUAUUUUAACUUUUGUUUUUUAGUAUUUGCCAUAUUUAUUUUUGUGUAACUUUCUGUUUUUGUAAAGAGGAGUAAUCAAAGAAAAUGUAUUUAAAUUUAUCAUAAUUUCUAAAAAGAAAGUUUAUCCUGUUCUGACUGUUUGAAUCUCAGUGAAUUUUAUUGUCUGUUUAUGCCUGCCAAUUGUAUAAAGAAAGAGUUAAUCAAAAAUAUAUAGAAGUCUUAAAUACUAUUAAAAUGAGAAAUAUUGUUAAACAUUGUGUAGUACACACAAAGAGAUGCAACUUUGAUGUGAUCUUUAAUGUAGCUUAAUAAUGGUGUAAAAUUAUGAUGUAAAAAUAUGUGCACCUAUUCAAUAAAGUCUAUCAAAUAAAUAUG